CCUGUGCAGAGGCAAUAGCUGUGCCGUGACCCCAGUCGGGGAAACUCGGGCUCCUUCUUGACAUUUCCACCCCUUACCGUGUGCACACUUCUGUCAUAGCUCCCACCACAGUAGACUCUGCCGUGAUUCUGUCUCGUGUCGUCUGGUCCCGACGCACUGUCUGCUCAUGGUGCAUGCUCAUGACAAGACCCCCUUCCUGGACCCCUCUCUACAGAGAGGAGUCAAUGGCAGGAGACAGAACCAAACCCUAUGAGCUGGACCAAGAGAAAUACGAUGCUGAUGACAACGUGAAGAUCAUCUGCCUGGGAGACAGUGCAGUGGGCAAGUCCAAACUCAUGGAGAGAUUUCUCAUGGAUGGAUUUCAGCCACAGCAGCUGUCCACGUACGCCCUGACACUGUACAAGCACACGGCCACGGUGGACGGCAAGACCGUUCUCGUGGCCCCCAUCAGCAGUCAGAGCUGUGUUCUCGUUGCAGACUUUUGGGACACGGCAGGCCAGGAACGGUUCCAGAGCAUGCACGCUUCCUACUACCACAAGGCCCAUGCCUGCAUCAUGGUGUUCGAUGUACAGAGGAAAGUCACCUAUAAGAACCUGAGCACCUGGUAUACAGAGCUUCGGGAAUUCAGGCCAGAGAUCCCGUGCAUCGUAGUGGCCAAUAAAAUUGAUGCAGACAUAAAGGUGACCCAAAAAAGCUUCAGUUUUGCCAGGAAGUUCUCCCUGCCCCUGUACUUCGUCUCAGCUGCUGAUGGUACCAAUGUCGUGAAGCUCUUCAAUGACGCGAUCCGAUUAGCCGUGUCUUACAAGCAGAACUCCCAGGAUUUCAUGGACGAGGUCUUGCAGGAGCUCGAGAACUUCAAACUGGAGCAGAAGGAGGAGGAUGUGCCAGACCAGGAGCAGAGGGGCAGCAUCGAGCGCCCGUCAGAGGAGGCGGCCUCUGCCCACCGCUGAUGAGCUGGGGCUGGGCCCUGUCCAAAUACCCCUCCCUUCAGCAGCCUCCAGUUCUGAGUGGAGGCACCUCCAGGCCCUGCCUUGUUCUACCUCCUGUAAACCUGCCUGUCCUGUUUGCCCGGCUCCUGAUACAGGGACGAGGUCAGCACCGUAAAUUCUCUGGAUAGGGUGAGAGGUCCACACCAGACCUCCGUGAAGCAGAAUUAGCAAUCAGUGUCAACUAACGCCUUCCCCGCACCCUGCUCCCCAGGCUAGACGGUGAAGAGAAUCAGGGAACAUGCUUGGGUGUCUCUUUAAUAAAAGGAAAUUUAGGUCAUUGGUUUCUUUCUUCCUAACACUGACCUCAGGGACUUCCCUACGCUUCUGCCGAGGCAGCGGCUAGCCCUCUUCCCACCCCCACAGACUCCGGGGCCCCCACCUUUCUCCCGCUUUACUUGCCCAACCAUCUUUACUUUAAAACGUUCUUGAGCAGACACCUGUUCAUUGCAGAUUUUUGAGACUCCACUUCAGGAGCUCUUCUAGGUGAGGCGGGAUCACAGGAACAGGCUUCCCGUUGGAGCUAAGUCAAACCCGUGGCAGGUCUAGCCUAGUAAGCACAAGCACUGUUGAACAUCAGGGGUCAACACAGCUCAACCACAGGACACCCGCUUGGAUUACAAGACAUUACCUUUAAGAAGAGCUUCCUUUAAAACCGUCCUGUCAUUGUCCCGAGGGCUGGAGGGACACGGUGCCCCUGUGGGGGCCCAAGGACUGCAGGGCGGCCGUCCACCGCCUUCCCCUGCCCUCCAGAACUUGUGGUUGGCUCAUGUGUUUUUAUGAUCGUUUUGUGCGUUUGCAUUGUUUUCAUUAAUUUAUUUUGUUUUUAUUGUUUCCUUUUUCACAGUAAAGGUUGACUUAUGCAAA